AUGGAUCUUGCGAUACGGAAAAAGCAAUCCACUACCCCUACAGUUAUUAGCUCUUCCGAAGAUAAGGCUAAAUUUGAGAAAUGGGAUCGCUAUAACCGCAUGAGUCUUAUGAUCAUAAAACGUGUAAUUCCAGAGGAGUUCAGAGGUGUUGUGUCUGAGGAUACCACCAAUGCUAAAGAUUACCUUACAAAAAUAGAAAAAAGCUUUGUUAAAAGCGAUAAGGCUGAAACAAACACUAUUAUUAAGAGCUUGAUUUCAAUAAUGUAUAAGGGCAAUGAUAAUAUAAGGGAGUACAACAUAGAGAUGUCUAAUCUUGCAUCGAAACUUAAAGCAUUAAAGCUUGAUUUGCAUGAGGAUUUACUUGUGCAUCUCAUUAUGAAUUCUCUCCCAGUUUAA